AAUAAAUAAAAUUGCAAAAAAAACUGUAAAAGUUGUUAUUAUAAUAUUAAAUAACAAAAAGGCCAGCAUACGUAUAUUUUUACAUUCAUACAUACAUUUACAAGCAAACAAACAAAUAAGAAAAAAAUAUAAUAAAAAAUUAUAAAAAUCAUUUAGUUCAAAGCAAUUUAAUUAUAAAAAUAAGUAUAUUAGAAUAUAAUAGCUUUUCGAAAUGUUUCGUUAAAUACCAGUUUAAAGUAAAAUAUGCUUUUAGAGGGAGCACGAAAGAAAAAUUAUGCUUCAUGAAAACAAAAUUAAAAACAUGAAAAAAAUGAUUGAUAAUGAAGCACCUCCUCAGUAUGAUUUUUUAGUAAGUAGAAAGAAAAAAGAAGCCUUGCAGCAAUCAAGAGGAAACGAAAUUCAAAGAGAAAAUAAAAUUUUAAUUCAUAAGCUCACUCAAAUAUUACAUAGAAAUAAGAAUCCUAAUGCACAGACACAACAAAAUUAACAUGGGUCUGCAUUUAGCUCAUCUCUUUAUAGUAGCAUGAAUCCAUUCAAUACAACUAAAAAUAGUCUCAACUAAGCCUUGCGUAAAAAGGAAUUUGUUAAAAUAGUCAUAGAAAAUUAAGCCUUGCUUAAACGCAUUUAAAGCCAAAAAUCUGAAUAUGAUGUUAGAGCUUGGGAAAAAGAACGCUUAAAAAAUGAAAAAUACAUAUCUUAAAUAUCAGAGUAUCAAUACAAAGACUUUAAGCCAAAUAAAACUCAUGUUAAAAUGGGAAUAUGGAAAGAUAGAUAGAGCAGCCAGCCAGUACUCAGCAAAAAACCAAUAGGAAAGCUCUAGCCUCUUUUUAAAAAUAAGAAUCAAUCAAGAAUUAUUUAUAAAAAUGGAAAAAAGAUUGGCUCAUUUAUUUAUCUUGUAGAAAUCAAAGUAUAAUAAGGAUAUUUUACAAUCCAUCUUGAAAAUCUCUAAAAGCAGCCUAACUAGUAUAAAAUUGAGCUGAGUGAAGAAGAAGGGAUGAAUAUUCUAAUUAAUGAAUGUAAUAAUGAUCCAGAACUUUUAUUGGAAAGAAUAAGAAUAGAUGAAAAAACUAAAUCUUUCUUUUUUACAAGAAAUGCUGAUUUCCAAGAUAAAGAAUCUGGGAUAAACCAUAACCAAUAAGGGGAUAGCAUUAAUGAACAUCAUAACAAUCAAAGCAAUUUAGUGAGUUCUCCAAUGAGUUAAUAAAAUUAAAAGCACAAUAAUUUAAAAGUUACUGAAGAAAAAGAAGAAGAGGAGGAAUAGUCUAUUAUAAAAUCAAAAGUAAAUGAUCAUUCUUCUUCUCCUCACUAAUAAGGACAAAGUGAUUUUAAUUAAUCUAAUCACAAAGAAAAAGUAGAAAAUGAUAAAACAAAUAAUUAAGAGUAAAUAGAUGAAUAAAAUUAAAAGUAAUAAGAAAAAAAUCAUGGAUAAGAAGAUAAUAAUAAUGAGGAAGAGGAGUAUGAACAAGAUUAAGAGGAUAAUUGAUAGAUAGAUAUAAUUAAGUUUAAAGAUUAUAGUAAUAUAUUAUAAUUAAUAUAAAUUUAUACUUAAUAAGCUAAUUGCAAAAAUUGGUUGUUAUAUUAUUAUUGUAGUUAUUUUUAUAUGCUGUUUUUAAGUAAUUGUUUUUUUAAACCGAAUGGUUAAUUUAAUAAUCUU